AUAGCAAAUAUUAGUCUUAUCGUGUUCGUGUCAAUUUCUUUUAGGUAUAUUAUUUUUUAACUAAUUUGUUUUGUUAUAUGUCUAUAAACGUGUAAUGUAAUUUAUGUUUAAAGUACUAUUACUCACUCAAUGUAUAGCUAAUUUUCAAAUGCAAUAAAUUUAUUCUAAAACACAAUUACAAAGCUAAAGAAAAAGUGUUUCAAUGUUCCAUGUAUUUAGUUUUUGUGAAAUCUUUUAACAAAUCUAAACAUUAUGUGCAAUGCUAACAAUAAUUAGCAUUAAAAGUGGCAAUAUCAAUACUCAUAAUGGAACGGCGCGUUAAAUUAAAAUCUAUUAAUCCACAUAUUACGUGUAAAAUUUGCGGUGGCUACUUUAUUGAUGCCACAACAGUUACCGAAUGCCUACAUACUUUUUGUAAAAGUUGUUUGGUUAAACAUUUAGAAGAGAAAAAAACCUGCCCCACCUGUGACAAUGUCAUACACCAGUCUCAUCCGUUACAAUAUAUUAGUUUCGAUCGCACUAUGCAGGAUAUAGUAUAUAAAUUAGUACCCAAUUUGCAAGAAGAUGAAAUGCGUUGUGAACGCGACUUUUAUAAAGCCCGCAAUAUGCCUUGUCCUAAAGAUAUGCCACAAAAUCAUGACGAUGACAAUGAAAAGGUAAUGGAAGCGCAUGCUGAAUCAGAUUUUCAUCGUUUGGAUGAACAGGUCAAUGUUUGCCUUGAAUGUAUGAGUAAUAAUUUUAAGAACCUGCAGAGACGUUUUAUACGCUGCAGUUCGCAAGCGACUAUUACACAUUUAAAGAAACUUGUUGCUAAAAAGAUACUCAAUGGCAUUGAUAAGUAUAGAGAGAUCGAUAUUUUGUGCAAUGAAGAACUCUUGGGCAAGGAUCACACUUUAAAGUUUGUUUAUGUAACUCGUUGGCGAUUUAGAGAUCCGCCGUUACGGUUACAAUUUCGACCAAGAGUUGAGCUGUAACCUUUAUGCAGCAUACUUAUAGCAAUGUGUCAAAAAAAAAAAAAAGAAAAACAAAGAAAACAAAAUGAAAAAACAACAAAAAAGCAGUUGCAAG